AUGGACGUCAUGUAUGCGAUAAAAGUGAUGAAAAAGACCGAAAUGGUGAACAAAAACAUGUGUUCGCAAGUUGUCAACGAGCGAAACGCCCUGGCGCUCACCAAAAGCCCCUUCUGCGUGCAACUGUACUACUCCCUGCAAACCCCAUCGUCAGUUUAUUUGGUUAUGGAGUACAUGGUCGGGGGGGAUUUAAAAUCGCUGCUGAGUGUUUAUGGCUUCUUCGAUGAGUCUAUGGCGAGUUUUUACGUCGCUGAAGUAUGUUUGGCGUUGAAAUACCUUCAUCAACACAGCAUUAUUCAUCGGGAUAUAAAGCCUGAUAACAUGCUGUUAUCCAAAGACGGGCAUGUGAAGUUAACCGAUUUUGGUUUGAGUAAUGUGCAUAUACACAGAGAUUUGGAGAUUUCGGACUUUGAGAAUUGCACCCCCAACUUGUGCGCGAGAACGCCUGGUCAGUUAUUGAGUUUAACCUCACAUUUGAGUUUCGGGUCUGGGAAUUCAAAAUACGCCUGUAAGUUGAACAACAGUGAUUUUAUUUCGGAUUCUAACUCAGAUUCCACCACUAAUGUGUCGGUUUUGCGGGAUAAUAACUCUUCUACUCUGGGAAAAAGCGAGUUAUUUCAGGCGAGCUUUAAAAUGCACUCUAACCUAUCCGGGGUGACUUUUUUAUCGACUGAGAUUACAAACGACGUAUCGGAAAAUAGCUCGUAUCACACAUGCACAAGUGCGACUCAGAUAGACGAUAACGAGAGCCAAAAUAAUUCGUGUGCUUCACCUGUUAGCAGAAAAAUUUCCAGCAGAUGCGGUCUGUACAAAAACAGAGUCGAGAGGAAGCGGAAGUUCCGGUCCCCAUCGCCAGAUCAAGCCAGGAAAGCCUACAUAAGAACCGGCUUAACAGGGGAGAUGGAAAUACUGAGAGUCGAUUCGGGUAGUUCCCCGAAAGGGGUUACGUUUUCUACGCCUGUUUCCGCGCAGAAACCCGGCAAGAUUAAAAAUACGCGUUUCGAGCUCCCCAAGAACGUAUCUGCGGAUCAAGAACAAGUCUCCUCGAAUGGGAACUUGGUGAGCCCCAUAAACAGCGAAACAACCACCCCAAAAACCCCCCGGACCCCCUACAGAACCCCCAAGUCCGUCAGAAGGGGGCAAUGGAGUUCCGACCAGAGAAUCCUAGGCACCCCGGAUUACCUAGCCCCCGAGCUUUUACUGAGAAUAGGCCACAACUUCGCCGUUGAUUGGUGGGCGUUGGGCGUUUGUUUUUACGAGUUUGUGACAGGGAUACCACCCUUCAACGACUCAACACCCCAGAACGUCUUCAAAAAUAUCCUCGAGCACAACAUAGAAUGGCCUUCCGAUGACGAAGCCCUAUCCGAGAACACAGUGAACGCAAUCGAAUCGCUACUGAACCCGAACCCCGAAAAAAGGUCCGGUGCUUGCGAGCUCAGAGAGAUGGCGGUUUUCAGUCACAUAGACUGGGAUCACUUGUUGGAGAAAACGCCCCCUUUCGUUCCCGACCCGUACGAUUUAACUGAUACCGGUUACUUCCAAGCCAGAAACGACUUACUCAACUUCAACAUCUCCAAUUUCGAUAUGUAG